GUGCAGAUAAAUUGAAGGAGGAAGAACUGAUCCAGGAAUGGUUCACCCUGGUCAAUAAGAAGAACGCCCUGAUCCGACGACAGGACCAGCUACAGCUGUUGAUUGAAGAGCAAGACUUGGAACGAAGGUUUGAACUCCUGAGCCGUGAACUUCGCACCAUAAUGGCGAUCGAAGGUGAGGGCACACACACCCCUCGAGUGAAAAAUGGGCGCCAGAUCUAAAACCAGAAACAUUUUUGCUGGGCAUUUUACCAGAAAAAUACAAUAAAGGGAAUGCAUACUUAAUUUUACACGUGUUAACAGCAGCUAGAAUUGUAUUUGCACAACACCGGGAAAGUGAAGAGAUCCCUA